AUGGCCUCCUUUCUCCCUGUCAACAACACGGCCACAACCGAAGACCACACCAUGGACGGCGCGACUACCCCCCGUGCGACCCCGAAUGGCGUGACAGGCCUCCAAGGCCGGCCGGCCCUGGCGGAGCAACGCCCGGAUGCCGGCCUGAAGACAGCCAGAGAAAGUGAAGACCCCACGCGGGUGCCAGGACCGGGUCACUCCAGGACGACCUCGUCUGUCUCCGACGAUGCGAUGCACGGCGAUUCCGACGGAGAGCGCGACGGCUCCGAUCAUGACGCCGAGCCGGGCAACUUCCCACCUUGCAACUUGAGUUUUACCCGCAGCGAACAUCUGGCCCGGCAUAUUCGGAAACACACCGGCGAGCGGCCCUUCCAGUGUCAUUGCUCUCGGCGCUUCUCCCGUUUGGACAAUCUCCGGCAACAUGCGCAAACCGUCCAUGUGAACGAGGAGAUUCCCGGCGAUUCUCUCGCAGCCACGGGCACCCGCUUCCAGAGACAGGUGCGAACGGACCGAGUACGCCCACCGGGUCGGGCGCGAGCAGGAACUGUCGGUAGUCAAGGAGCGCACAGCCGUGGACAUAGCAGGAAUCUGUCAACGUCGAGUAUUGCGUCGACCACCUCGACCUUCAGCCAGCCUCCCGAGCUUCGACGACGACCGCCGCCGUUGAUCAUGGCCAACGACCCGACGACGCGCGCACGACUCGGGCUUGACCCCAUGGGAGAACCCCCGAGCACGCCGCCGGGUCAGAUACGUGGGAUUUCAGGACCCUCCGCCGGAGGCUCACCUUAUACGCCCUCCAACGUUUACUCUACUGGCACGGGCGCCAGUCCAUCUUUUACUUCGCCGAUGUCGUCGGUGUCCCACGGAUUCUGGGAAGGCAAGACCGCGGCCCGUCGCCUGUCGGUGCCCACCAGCAGCAAUCCCUUUCUCGCCGCACAGCACGGAAAUACGUAUCCUCCUCCAUAUGCCAACUCACCCACCGCUCCUCCAUAUGCAACUGCUACGGGAGUGUUCGCUAGCCCGACCAGCAGCCACUAUCCGCCCUCCCGAGAUGAAAGUACCCUCAGCGCAGCCGAGGCCGAAAUCCGGCGACGGACCUGGCAUCCUUCCACCUAUUCAGCAUUCGGCCGGCCUUCGACCAGUGGCCUCAGCCAAUAUCAUACCCCUGAUACGGUCCAGACACCAUCUUUUGCGGGUAACCACUCGGGAGAACAGCCGCCACGGCUGCCUGGCAUUGAGAGCUUCGACAAGGUGGUCUCACAGCAACGACCUCUGACCCCUCCCACCCGCAAACCGAGCCCGAUGCAGAUUGACAGCCAGCAUCGUCCACCCCCACCAACUGCUAAUCAUGGAUUUGGCCCUGGGUACAACUAUUCCCAGCCCUCCGUACGCCCGGCACCGCCCAUCUCGGGUCCGGGGCAUCGUCGCGGCCAUGUAUCAUGGGACAUGUCACUGCAUACCAACCUGACAGGCCUUGAUAUCCGCGACCGACGGGCGUCUCGGGAUGCCUCCCAGUGGAGCCAACAGACGAUCGCCGAGCUCCAGAACGUCUCAUCGCGUCCCUCGUCUUUCUACCAACCCACCUUUGGUCCAACCGCCGAACGAAGCCCCGAAGAGCACCGGGGUCAUGCGCCCACCCUCUCGAUCAGCAGUAGCCGCCCGGCCCAGACCUCUCCCGAAGACUCUAGUAGCAGCGAGGGUGUGCACACCCCGUCCACUGCCUCGAUCGAAUAUCACCCUGCGAUUGUGCAUAGCAGUGGAUAUAUUGAAUCGCACGACUCCAUGCCAUCCGACCAUACGCAACCGAUCUGUGGUCGACGGGCCUCUCACGCCGACGGCUAUCCGGGUCAUGCUACUCAAGAGCCCCGGACCGAUGUCUUCUCAGACUCUGCCGCCCCAGAUUCGGGCAUGGGCCGCCUGGAGGCGCUGGUUGCGGUCGCGACCAGUGAGAACAAGGGAGCUGCCAAAUUGUUCUUGUAA